AUGCCACCGCCACGCGACCCGAACCGGCUCUUCUACGAUGCCGUCAACCCCGUCAUGCUCUCGCACGACGAGGUGAUGCAGCUCUCGCCCGCCGAGGUCCAGUCGGCGACCGACCAGCUCGACCAGAACCUCGUCCUCCUCCUCCAGCGCGUCGAGGAGAACUUUGCCCGGUGCAACGAGAUCGUCACCGAGCGCAUCCUCGCCAGCUUCGAGGUCCACGGCGAGAACACGCAGCGCAUCAACCAGUCGGUCAAGUUCUGGCGUCCCUUCUUCGAGGCCGCCGCCAACAUCCGCCUCAACGAGCCGUACGCCGAGCAAGAGCCGAGCGUCGCCGCCGACGAGCCGUCCGAGGCGACCAUCCACCCGGACCGCACCAUCUCGGACGAGGGCGACGUCAGCUACGGCACGGCCCCCUCGGUCGGCGGCACGCCUCGCGCUCCUCAGCAGUCGUUCUCGGAGUCGGCGUCGAGCGGUGCCCCUGUCGAGCCGCAUUGGUCGAGCGAGGGCAUGUCGCCGUUCAACCCGGGUCCGCCUCCCGCCGUCGGCGGCGCCGACUACUCUGCGCAGCGCCCCCUCCCCGACGUUCAGCGCCUGCGCCUGCGCGACCUCCCUCCCGACUCGCCCGACUUUGCCGAGCCCCAGUUCGAGACGAUCCACGGCGGCCUCAUGGGCGCCGCGAGUCGAGGCGGACGAGCCGGCGCCGACACGAGCCGCUCGGACGCAGGCGACAUGUCGAAGCAGAGCACCGAGCCGUCCUUCCUGCGCGGCUCGCCCACCUCGCGACAAGACGUCGGCCGCGCUCCUCCGCCUGCGCCCCAGUCGGCCCUCCUGAACAAGGUCUUGCGCAAGGGCCUCGGCGGCACCCCGGCGACGGCGUCUCGUCCGGGCCAGUCGACGCCGGGUCACGGCAAGAUCAAGUACCCGCACGAUCUGCCGAGCAACUGGGACGGCAUCGCCAACCUGUCGACGACGACGCUUGACGCGUUCCCGUCCCCGAUCAAGCGCCGCGGGCACGCCAGCAUGCUCCAGGUCGGCGACGACUCGCUGUACGGCCCGCCACCGUCUACUGCAGCCUCUGCUCGUACCGCCCUCAUCUCGUCGCCCGCCGGCGCUGCCGCCGCCGGCCCCUCGUCAUCCCGAGACGCGCUCAACGCCUCGACCUCGACCCUGCGCCGCUUCGGCACUUCCCCGGCGCCGCAGCGCAACGCCGCGUUCAGCCGCACGCCGGCCAAGGAGGCGGCGCGCCGCACCGUCCAGAACGUGUACGACGCGCUCGGCGACCUGGGCGACUCGCCCGCGCUCGAGCUCCCGAGCGCGCUGCGCAACCCGGCCCGCACCAUGUCGUACAACUACUACGCGUCUACGUCUGCGCACGGUGCGGGUGCUGGGCCGGGCAGCCCGAGCGAGAAGGCGACGGCGAGGCGGGCCGACCGCACCCUGCUCGGCGACGAGGCUGCGGCGGCGGCGAGCGGCGCAGCGAACGACGAGAGCUACGCCUCGAUGCCGUCGCAGCCGAGCUUCAUGACGCAGCCGAUCCCGUUCUCGCAUCACGCGCCGUACGACGCGUCGGGUGCGUCGCUGUCGCUGUCGGGCGCGCACGGCGACGAUGCGCCGCUCGCCGACUUUGGCGGCGGCACGACGGCCAACAUCGACGCGCUCCUCGCGGGCAACCACGGCGGCGCCGACCAGUACGCCGGCAUUGUCGACGACGACGACCACGACGGCGCGGCGCGGUUCGGCUCGGGCACCGGCGGCACCGACGAGUCGUUCACGGGCGAGGCCGACGACCACCUGCACCUGCACCAUCGCCCUGCCGAGCCGACCUACACCGAGGGCUUUGACGAGGGCUACUCGCGCGACGAGGACGAGCUCGGUGCGGCGGGCGGGCGCGCGCUGCGCCUCCCCGGGCAGGACGGGCCCGAGGACACGCUGUUCGGCAUGCCCGCCGGUCGAGGCGGCGCGUCUGCUGCAGGCGGCGGCGCUGCGGGCCCGAGUCGUCGGUCGACGUACGCGCCGCAAGGGGCCGAUGUCGGCGAGGAGGAGGAGGAGGACAGCUUCGACGAGGAGGCGAGGAGGAGCGGGUUCCGGCUGCACGGCGCGGGCGACGAGAUGGAGACGCUGCACGGCGGCAAGCUGCUCGAAAGCGUGCCGUUCCAGGACAGCCCGCUCGCGAAAUGGAGGCCGUAGCGCACUCGUCGCCGCGAUGUGAUAUGUGCCCCUCGAC